AUGAAAAGGGGGUGUGUUUGUGGGUGUGUGAUGAGGAAGAAGUGAGAGUCUCCUUCCUGUUGAAAGUGCCAGCAGCAGCAUCCCCCAACGGGAGACAAAGAGGACCCGGUCUCCCUCAUCUGGAAUGCUUCUGUUUAAACCACCUGUGUUGCUUAAGACCCCAGUAAAUUGGAGCAUUGCUCAGAAAUGCCCAACAAUCUUGUGGCAGGAAGCCCCACCUGUUUUAAAAGACAGAAAGAGGUAGAACUCUAGAAGCCAUAUGUCUCCUUGGCAAAGCCCGAGGGCUGCAUGAGGGGGGGAAACUAGGCCAUUGGCUUCAGUAAAAUGGAAUGUAGGCAGCACAAAAUGGCUGCUACCCAGGGAAUGCUGUCACACUUUGGCCUGCAGAUUCCAGCCACAUCAGGACAGAAAGUGAACCCAGGGAUUAAAAUGGAGGAAGAACACUUAGCAGGCUCUGUGCUGGGAGAGGGGUUCGGGGAAACAGGGAAAGCCCUUCACACUAUCCCUGGUGGGAGUAUCGGGGGAUUCCUGCAAAAGUUGCCGGGAAAAGCAAUUAAACAAGAGCCGGGUGAGGAGCUGCCACAGGACUCCGGAAACCAAUGGCAAGAAUUCCUGAAAACAGGCGAGUCCCCUCACUCAGGACAGGAAACCACACCGUUGCCAGGAGAGUCCACACCGUGGGGUGACCCUAAAGCCUUCCUGGCCUCCUUCGAGCAAGUGGCCGAAGCCUGCCAGUGGCCCAAGGAAGAGUGGGUGGCCCGGCUCCUGCCAGCCCUCAGUGGUGAAGCGGAGCAGGCCUUGAGCAGGCUGGAGGCCAGGGACAGAGUGGACUAUGGGAAGGUAAAGGCAGCCAUCUUGCGAGGGGAUGCCAUCAGCAGGGAGAAGAUUCGUCAACGCUUCAGGUGUUUCUGCUACCAGGAGGCUGAAGGGCCGAGAGCAGUUUGCAGCCGACUGCAGGAGCUUUGCUAUCGGUGGCUGAAAGCUGAGAGGCACUCCAAGGAGCAGAUUUUGGAGCUGCUGAUCCUGGAGCAGUUCCUGACCGUCCUGCCUCUGGAAAUGCAGAGCUGGGUCCGUGAAUGUGGUCCAGAGAGUUGCUCCCAAGCAGUAGCCCUGGCAGAGGGUUUCCUAGUGAAGCAUCGUGAGGCCGAGAGACUGGAGCAGCAGGUGCCCAUGCCAUUUGAGGAAGCAGCUGUGAGGAUAUCUGAAGCAAGGCAGGUUUCAUCAGACUCUGAGCAGCGGGAGAUAUACAGGGAUGUCAAGCAAGAGGGUGAUGACCGAGAUUCAAGACUGCUGGGUGAAGAGCUGAUGAGUCCAAAGGAGGAAGAGAAGGAGCAGGAAGAGAAAUACCAUUCGGAAGGUUCUAUUCAAGAGGAUCCAGACAGAACACCAACGGGAAGAGUGAAAAAUGAGGUUUCCCAGUGCAUUGAGCAGGAAGAUACUUCAGGGGGUCAGAAAGGAAAUUGUCCAGAGGAGAGAGUGGAGAAGACUGUUUCUUCUGAUGGGCCGCUCAAAGGAAACAUGGGGCACCCGAGAAUCCAUGUGGGGAAGAAGCAAAACCUGAACAAUGUGGGCGGAAGGAGCCUCAGACCGAGAUCAGGAUUUGUUAAACACGAGAGGGCCCACACAGGUGAGAAACCACACAAAUGUUUGGACUGUGGGAAAACCUUCUUCAUGAUCUCAACCCUGUUGACACACCAGAGGACUCACGCGAGUGAGAAGAUGAUCAACAAGUGCUUGGAGUGUGGGAAGACCUUUCUGGAGAAGUCGCACCUCAUUAGGCAUUACAGGGUCCAUGCAGGAGAAAACCCGUACAAGGGUUCCGAGUGCGGGAAAAACAUUGUCGAGAACACAGGCCUCCUGAAGCAACGGAGGAGUCACAUGAGCGAGAAGCCAUACAGAUGCUUGGACUGUGGGAAAAGCUUCAGCCUGAGCUCAAACCUGAUUUUGCAUCAAAGGACCCAUGCGGUAGAAAAAUCAUCCCAGUCCUCUGAUUGUGGGGGAAGUCUUGGUGGCAGAAUGGAGCUUAAUAGACCUCAGAGAACUCCUGUAAGACAUGAUCCAUUGAUACACUCAGACUGUGGGGAGAAUAGUGAUGAUAGCUCAAGCCUCACUAAACAUCAGGGAAUCCACACAGGAGGGAAGCCGUAUGAAUGUCUGGAUUGUGGGAAGAGCUUCCUUCUCAGGUCAAAUCUGACUUUGCACCAGAGGACCCACAUGCGGGGAAAACCAUUUCAGCACUUGGAGUGCAGGCAGGUCUUCAAGGACAGCCAAAGCCUCAUCAAAGAGGAGACAGUCCAGCCGGGAGGAAAACCCUACAAGUGUUCAGACUGCGGGAAAAGCUUUCUUCUGAGUUCGAAUCUCACAUUGCAUCAGAGAACCCACACGGGUGUGAAGCCUUUCCAGUGCUCUGACUGUGGGAAGAGCUUCAGCGACAAGUCCAACUUCCACAGGCACUACCGGCUGCACACGAGAGAGAAGCCGCACAAAUGCUACUUCUGUGGGAACAGCUUCAGCCAACAGUCAGACCUGGUUGUACACGAGAGAAUCCACACGCAGUAGAGCAAGACUUCCACUGAAUUCUGGGAGAAGCUUUCUCGUUUCGGAACUUUGGGACAAAUGUCAAUGUGUCCUUCUGAUAUUCCCCUUGUAUAUUGUUUCAAUUUGGUUCUGGCAUGGAAGACUCAAGGCACAGCAAUACAGCUCAAGGAUACAAUUGUAGAGCUAAGAAAAGCCUAGAGUCACACACAUCCCUGAACGCCUGAACUUGUGAUAUUGAACUAAGAGUACCUAAUAGAGAUGCAAUGGGGCAGGCCAUACGCCAAUGUCUGAUAAGUUAAGCUUGUUCAGCAUGAAAUUCACAAAGAGCUAUUAAUUAUUAGUCACCUGGAGACUCCAUUAUGGAUGCUGAUUUCUGGAUGCUGAUUUCUGGAGACUCCAGUCCAAUCCUGGAGAAUUGGAAGCCCUAAUCUGGGCUGGUCACUUAGGGCAACAGGAUCCAGGCCUAAUGGUCCGAUCCUGCAACACCCUUUUAUGUUCUCUUGAACCCAAGUGGAUGAAAAGGUCUUUGUGAGAAAGCCUGUGGGCUGGUAAGGGUGGAUAGAUAGAUAAGAUAGAUAAGUUUAUUCGGUCAUUGACCAGCAAAAUAAGGGCUGGAUAUAGCUCAUCUUCUCUUACCCUUAUACCACUUAUGCCAAAGGUUAUCAACUGUGGGUCACUAGAUGCAUUGGACUACAAUGCCCAUCACCCCCUGCCACAAUGGUUUGUGGCAGGGAGUGAUGAGAGUUGUAGUCUAACAUCUGGAGACCCAACCUUGCCUUCUGAGACCCCUGAGCUCCUGCUUCAUACCUGAUUGAGUCAGGCCUGAAUGUAAGAAAAUGGCUUUGUUUCCUUUGCAUUUUGAACCUAAUUUCGGUGGUUUUCCAGGAAACAUCUGGUUUCUUAACCAGUACUUUCACCAUCUGUAGUCAAGACAAUUGUAUUCCUGGUAGAGCUAUCACCUGCUUAAAGAAACCUUCGUUAUUAAUGGUAUAACUUUUACUUGAUCACGACCGCAUACUUUUGUGUAUGAAUAAACAAGCGUCCUGAA